GUAAAGGACGAUUUAGUACUGGAAUCUUUGGAUAAAAAGACACUGCCUGCUCUGUCUCCCAUCCAUCACCAGCACAGAGAGUGGAGUCUUUUAGCCGGGAGGAGCAAAGGGGAUUUUGGGAAAGAAGAUGAUGGCCGAGAGUUCCUCAAGAAGCAAACGGGUCUUCCUCUUUAUGCUUGUCUUUGCUCAUUUCUCUACUCUAACUUUAGCUGAAGAUGGUUUGGUGGCAAAUGGUGAUUUCGAGACAGCACCAUUGAACGGCUUCCCAAGCGAGGCAAUAUCAGAUGGGCCCACGGAGAUCCCCAGCUGGAUAACAAAAGGCAGAGUGGAGCUGGUGUCGUCUGGAGAUAAAGUGAGCGGAGGGAUGAUCCUCAUCGUGCCUCGAGGCUUGAAAGCCGUUAGAUUGGGGAACGACGCCGAAAUCAGCCAGGAACUGACGGUGGAUAAAGGCUCCACAUACGCAGUCACAUUCAGUGCUGCACGCACGUGCGCGCAACUGGAGUCAUUGAAUGUGUCCGUGCCACCCGCAUCACAGACGGUAGACCUCCAGACAUUAUACAAUGUGCAAGGGUGGGACCCUUACUCCAUUUCUUUCGAGGCGGAGGAGGAUAAAGUGCCCUUGAUUUUUAGGAACACUGGCAUGGAGGAUGACCCAGAAUGCGGGCCCAUCAUUGAUGAUAUUGCCAUAAAAAAACUCGUAGCCCCUGAUAAGCCCAAAGACAAUGCAGUAGUUAAUAGCGGCUUUGAAUUUGGCCCUUGGAUGUUCCAGAAUGUAUCUCUUGGUGUCUUGCUCCCAACCAACCUUGACGAAGAGACAUCCCCGUUACCGGGAUGGAUGGUCGAAUCAAUCAGGGCAGUCCGAUACAUUGAUUCCAACCAUUAUGCAGUCCCAGAAGGCAAACGUGCUGUCGAGUUGGUCUCGGGCAAGGAAGGCAUCAUUUCUCAAAUGGUGGAAACCAAACCAGAUAAACUAUAUAGCUUGACCUUCUCUUUGGGGCAUGCUAGGGAUAAAUGCAAGGAGCCACUGGCUGUUAUGGCGUUCGCAGGGGACCAGGCACAAAAUUUUCAUUACACGACCGACUCUAACUCCACCUUCCAGGUUGUCAGUGUGAACUUCACAGCCAAGGCAGAAAGGACACGAAUCGCGUUCUACAGUGUGUAUUACAAUACAAGGACUGAUGACAUGAGCUCGCUGUGUGGUCCGGUGGUGGACGAUGUUCGGGUCUGGUUUUCACGGUCCAGUACAAAUGAGGUCCGAGCAGUGUUAGGGCUUGGACUUGCCUUUUGGGUUUAUCUUAUGGUUUUGGUUUAGAGUUGGGACCUUAAGUAAAUGGUACAUUUAUGCUUUCCUUACAUAUGUAACGUUUUAAGGCCCAAAAAAAAUCUAGGGGUGGGUUAAGAAGGCAUGAUAAUGCUAGCAAAAAUCUAAAAUACUUUUAAGGUUUUUGUAAUGUCAUCUUCCUUGUGAGCUUUGGUCUGAUAAAUGAGAAUGGAUUAAGUUGCAUUUUCUGUA